GCCCGCCGAAGAGAAAAUGGAGGCGGCGGGAGGCCGACAGAAACCUAAAACCCAAGUAGCGCAGUUGCGGAGCUGAACCCGACGCAGGAUCUGAGGAAUACCGGGAUGCUCUGGAGGAAAGCGGAGGGAGAGAGGGAGACGGGGAAAAUGAGUUUUAUCAACAAACUGCAGUGUCUUCAGAGUCAAAAUGACAUCAUAUUCCACCUCUGCCCAGUGUUCAGCAUCUGACAGUGCUUGCAGAAUCUCUCCAGAACGAAUCAGUAAGGUACGACCAAAAUUGCCACUUUUGAAGAUUCUGCAGGCGGCAGGUGCACAAGGUGAAAUGUUCACUGUUAAAGAGGUAAUGCACUAUCUAGGCCAGUAUAUAAUGGUGAAGCAGCUUUAUGAUCAACAGGAGCAGCAUAUGGUAUAUUGUGAUGGAGAUCUUUUGGGAGAACUACUGGGACGUCAAAGCUUCUCUGUGAAAGAUCCAAGCCCUCUAUAUGAUAUGCUAAGAAAGAAUCUUAUCACUUUAACCACUGCCACUACAGAUGCUGCUCAGACUCUCGCUCUCGCACAGGAUCACAGUAUGGAUAUUCCAAGUCAAGACCAACUGAAGCAAAGUACAGAGGAAAGUUUUGGUUCCAGAAAAAAAACUGAAGAGGGUAAUAUUCCCACACUGCCUACCUCAGAGCAUAAACGCAGAAAUUCUAGAGGAGAUGAAGACUUAAUAAAUUUAAGCCAAGAUGAGACAUCUAGGUUGGACCUUGGGUUUGAGGAGUGGGAUGUAGCUGGCCUGCCUUGGUGGUUUUUAGGAAACUUGAGAAACAACUAUACACCUAGAAGUAAUGGCUCAACUGAUUUACAGACAAAUCAGGAUAUAGGUACUGCCAUUGUUUCAGAUACUACAGAUGAUUUGUGGUUUUUAAAUGAGUCAGUAUCAGAGCAGUUAGGUGUUGGAAUAAAAGUUGAAGCUGCUGAUACUGAACAAGCAAGUGAAGAAGUAGGGAAAGUGAGUGACAAAAAGAUGAUUGAAGUGGGGAAAAAUGAUGACCUUGAGGACUCUAAGUCCUUAAGUGAUGAUACUGAUAUAGAAGUUACCUCUGAGGAUGAAUGGCAGUGUACUGAGUGCAAGAAAUUUAAUUCUCCAAGCAAGAGGUACUGUUUUCGUUGCUGGGCCUUGAGGAAGGAUUGGUAUUCAGAUUGUUCUAAAUUAACACAUUCUCUCUCUACAUCUGAUAUCACUGCCGUGCCUGAAAAGAAGGAAAAUGAAGGAAUUGAUGUACCUGAUUGUCGAAGAACUGUUUCAGCUCCAGUUGUUAGACCUAAAGAUAUGUCUGUAAAGGAAGGAAAUUCUAAACUUUUUAAUCCCUGCAAUUCAGUGGAAUUCUUGGAUUUGGCUCACAGUUCUGAAAGCCAAGAGACCAUCUCAAGCAUGGGAGAACAAUCAGAUAACCUUUCUGAGCAGAGAACAGAUGUAGAAAAUAUGGAAGAUUGCCAGAAUAUCUUGAAGCCAUGUAGCUUGUGUGAGAAAAGACCACGAGAUGGAAACAUUAUUCAUGGAAGGACAAGCCAUCUUACAACUUGUUUUCACUGCGCCAGAAGAUUGAAGAAGGCUGGGGCUUCAUGUCCUAUUUGCAAGAAAGAGAUUCAGUUGGUUAUUAAGGUUUUUAUAGCAUAGCUGAAUCAAUAGCAGAGAAAUAUUAGGGGUACCAGGUCACACAUCAAAAUGUCAGUAUUGACCAUCUCUACUGAGUAUAGCCCAUGUGUUCAUUUAUGUGCCUAAACUUCUGUGUUCUGGAUUGGUUUUGCUUUGAAACUUGUACUGAACUUAAGACUGAGUAUUUUAGAUCUAGAUGAUCAGUUUGGAACUUCAUUAACAUGAAAAUGAUUCUCCCCCCAAAGAUGAAGAUCUGGGAGGGAACAAUCACCAGCAUAAACAUAAACAUUAAUUCAUUCAUUCACUUAGCAAAUUAUUUGAAGAUUAACCCUUUCUUUAAUUUUAUUCCCUGCCCUUCUGUUAUGUAAUGUUAUUCUGGUGUCAGAAUCCAAGGUAGUUAUUAGAAAAGUAGUAGGACUAACCCUGAGAAAACAUUAUCUUAUAAAAGACAGGGUCUCACUGUGUUGAGUGACCCCCUUUUAGUUCUAAAAGAGAUAGGAUCUCAUUGUGUUGCCCAGGCUGUGCUCCAACUCACGAUCCUCCUGCCUCAGUCUCCUAAGUAGUUGGGUUUACAGGCAUGUGCCACUGCACAUGACUUAAACUAGGUGUAAUGGUUAUCAAAUGUUUUGCUAAUAGCCCUAAAACAAUUUUGAGAGAGUAUAUACAUUUUUGCACAUUUAAAAAAAAUCUAGAUAUAGUUAACAUAAUGAAAUGUACCCUUUGAGUAAUCACUCUAAGCAUGUUAUAGGAUACUCCUCUAACUGCAAAAUAUUUCCUUUUGAGACAGUCCUUCAACCAUUUCAUUGUUUUCACCCUAGAUAAGAUUUCCUUUUGCACAAUUUUAAUAUGACAUCUCAAUUUUUAAAAUUUAAGUGCUUAAAAAGGAUAUACCAGCUAGUAUAUUGUAUAUUAUAUGUAUGCUUUAAAAAUAUUUUUAUCAAAGUUUUGGGGCAGUGUAGAUUAGCUGAUUAAAUUUAUAGAAAAGUACCAUCACUUAAACUGGCAAAGCCUGUUGUCAUUUUAAAAUUGAUUAGCCAAAUCAGAUGAAACUUUUAGUCAGAAAAUGUUACACACACACACACACACACACACACACACACACAUCUCUGGCACAACCUUCUCAGUGAUUAGAUUUUAAAAAGAGAAGGCACAGAAGUUUUUAACCAAAGCUCCCCUUGCUUUGCUUUCUAGUAUUCAUUGUCUCUUAGGAGCCCUCCAGGUUUGGUUCUUUUUUUUCCUUCCCCUUCUUUUUUUGGGUCUCUUUGUACCUUUGUAGUUGUUCAUACCUGAGUGCAAAGACCUAAAGUAAGGUUGGCAUGAGUGAAAGGAUUAGGGAGUAUGGCAGUUUUAAAAGGGAAGAAAUUAAAGAAAAAUGAAUAAUUCUCUUGAGUCAUCUUAGGUCACAUCAAUUUUAGGAUAAUACAUGCAGAAAUUAAAGAUCUUCAAAUUAAUUUCCUUAUCAUCAUACAUGGUAAAAUCUUGACAUAUCCAUAGGGAUAUGAAUACAUCAUUUUGAAAAUGAACUUGGCCAAAAAAAUCGCCUGGGUUGCUAUUAAAAUUGCCCAAAUCCCUGGAGACUGAUAUCUGAGGUCUGGGCUAUUUGAACAAACAUUCCUGGAGGUGCUGAUUCAGUUUUUCCACAGAGUACUCUUGUAGAAGCCUUGCCCCAGGAGGAGGGUUUUUCCUUCCUGUUUUUGUAGGUACCAAACAGAAAGUAGGCAGAACAAGAUACCUUUAUUAUUAUUAGUUUCUGGAAUGGAAGUUUUCUUAAAAUGAUUUGAUUUUAAGACUAUAAUACAUUCGUGUAUUCAGUCUCUCUUACUUUGCACAUGAAGCCAAAUGAUAAAGCUAGUGGUAGAGGGUUACUUAGAAUCCAAGUUUCAUGAUAGUAGAUCUUUUAAAAAUACUAACUUUCCUUAAAUAUUUUAAAGGGUGAUUCUUGUCAAAUUUGGGACCAGUAAUCUUAAAAUAUAUAUCUUCUAAUAAAUGGUUUUAGAGACUUUGAUUUGCAGCCAAAAUGAGACUUUAGAGAGAACAAUGACUUUUAACACUUUGUCCCAAAAGAAAGACCUGGUAAAUGUCAGGUUUAGCAAAUCAGAAAACUGCUCCCACUAAUGAGUAAAGGUAACAGGGACUCUGAACCAUUUUCUCCAGUAUUGCUUUUUCCUGGAAAAUGAAGCCCAAGUCUGGCUCUCUCUAGGCAUUUGGGUAUGAGAAUUUUCCCUCUAGGAAACGAAGCUAUUCCUUUGAAUUAAAUGUUUUGUUAGAACAUAGUGUUCUAAAAUUUUAGAAAAUUUCUUCUCUGUUCCUCCCCCCAUAUUCACUUUGUAAUAGUUUCAUAGCUCUCAGUUCUCUUGGAUUUUUGCCAGUCAAAUGCUUUUUUGUAAGUUAUAAAUCAGAAUUUGAGAUCUGCAGUUGUGCCCUGUAUUUCCCUUACACAAACUUGCAUUUUUUAAUAAGACUUGGAAGACUUGAACAUUUUGUUUAUGUAUUUGUGAUGCUAAUUUUGGUACAUCCAUACCAAAGGCAAACCUUGUGGCUACUCAAUUUUCUUUCUUUUUCUUCACUGUUUCCCCCGCCCCCAACACUAAGUACAUUGCUUAGAGGAUCCAAGAUAUGUUUUUGUUUUGUGGUGCUAGGGGUCUGUGUUUGAGUCAAACUUGCUAUUUACCUGCAGAAAACUUUAAACCAUUUUCUUAAUCUAUUUAUGAUUUUGUUCUUUUUUUUUUUUUUUUUUUUUUUUUUUUGCCUCUGAAGCAAGGCAUAGUUUGUGAAAUCUUCAGAGUUAACCAAUUCUAAGAUAGACCCUUUGUCUUUUAGUUGUGAUUAUGGGGACAUAGGCUCUGCUUUUCUGGAGACAGUACCAGUUUUCCCUUAUUUUAUCAGCAUUCUACUUCUGGUUUGUCUCCAUCUCUCCCUUUUCACUUUCAUAUGUCUUCAUUUGGACAUUAAAUUACAUAGUCACUAAUCUCAAAUGUUAGGAAGGAUUUUUUAAGAUAGAAGUCAUUGGAGUUCUGUAUUUUCUGCAUAAUGCCAUAAGAUAGUAAUGAAAUCACAGCAUCGGAUUUUUUUUUUCUAUUUUUAAUUUUCUUAGUUGUAGAUGGACACAAUGCCUUUAUUUUAUUUUUAUGUGGUCCUGAGGAUCAAACCCAGUGCCUCACAGAUGUGAAAUGAGUGCUCUACCACUGAGCCACAACCCUAGCCCAGCAUCAGAUUUUUUAUUUUAGUGGUCAUUUAAGUUAAUAUUUAUGAUCAUGUUAUCAUGGACAAAAGGUUCAAUACAGAGAUGAUAAUCAUUAGAAAAACAAUUUCUAGAUUGUAGAAAGUCUCCUAUCUCUCACUAUUGACUUACUCCCCUUACAUUGUUCUUAACAGUAGUUGGUAUGGUUUUUUUUUAGUGCUUAAUGAGACUGAAAAUUUAGGCCAAACCUUUAAACUGGUAUUUCCGUUUCCCCACAGUCCAUCUAGGGAUAUCACAUCACGUCAUAGGCUGAAACGGUAGAUCCGAGUUCAGCCAGACCAGCCUCUAAACUACUACAGACUUGUAUAGUUUAAGAAUUAGAGUCACUGCCAUGUUUUUGUGAUGAUAUUGGGGUUUAUAAUUUGUAUAUAUUUAGAUGUAUGUAGUGCUUUGUAGAAUGUUACUUGGUUUGGAUGAAUUCAUCUUUAAAGGUCAAGAUUAUUUGUAACAGUUUUUUGAGUGUGUCAAUGCAAUGUUGGCUCCUUUGAAAAGUCAUUAAUGAGAAAUGGGUGAAUAUUCUUGGGUUCUAUAAAGCUAUUGUAUUGAUACCUCUUGGUUCACUGUAGAAAGGAGGAAACUUGCUAACCACCUGUUUGGAUUUUCUUCCCACAGUUAUGUGAAUUUCUGAAAGUAUGUGGCUUUAGAUACUGUGAAUUUUUUGUUUUCCAUUUAGCCCGCUAUGUGCCUGAAUUGUUCUGACUUACAUCCUAAAGAAUCAUUUUGAUGGUUCUUCCCAUUCAUGAGUAUAUAGGUACAUGUACACACACACACACCCUGUCAAGACUGAUGCUGCCUUUGACUGUAGAUAAAGAACUAACUGCAUUUAAAAUCUGCACUUCAAAUAUAAAGGAACCUGCAAACUCUCCCUGUGCCAAAAGUCAAUGUACAGUGUUUACAAAUGCUUGGAAUUUUGCACUGCCAUAGGGAAUGGUGAGGUUAUUUUGCUGGAUUUUCUGAUUUUUGAGUAGAUGAGCUGCAGUUUAGUGUAGGAGGGGAAAUAUGGAGAAUUCUAAGGCUAAAUUGGAAACAAGUAUCUGAGACAGUUGUGAAAGUGGCUUCCUAGACCCAAUUUGGGGACAGUUUUUCCUUGCUUUGAGAUGUCCUUUGUGAUGGCAGAGCUCUCCUUAUUGUCAUUGCUAUAUUCCUUUAUAGACAACACCAAUUCUCCCCUCCUGUGGGAGAACAUGACAUAGCUUAUUUUGACUUCUUUUGAUGUAAUGAAUGUGCAAUUCCAUGUAAUGCUAUUAUUGGUGAAUGUGGCUUUGUUAAAGUUAUCACAGUAACCCUACCUUUUAGAUUUGCUGAAUCUCUAAUAGCCUUUUGAGUGACUGAAAACGUCAGAAAUAGGUGUAUCUGCAGAAAGAAGAGGUGGUUUAUAUUUCUUGGUAGCCUAUCUGAAAUCCAUGAAGCUGCCUUACUUGCAGGUUGUUGUCACUCAUGUAAAUGCCCUCAUUAAGUGCCCUCUGGAUUCAGAACUCCCAGGUGGUAGAACUCCCCAUUUCUCCAGGUAGGAAGGUCAAGGGUACCUUAAGAGGGCCCAAUAGUGUUAUCAAGGCAAUUCCUUUCUCAGAGCAGUUCUGUAAUUUGGCAAGUGCUUUAUUGAAAAUUGGCAUUAUCAUUAUAACACCUAAGAGUUAUCAACACAUUUAAUUUUUUAUCCAAAGGCAUUUUUGUUUUUUAAACAGUAACUACUUUGUUAAUAGACAAUUCCACUUCCUCCCACCCUUUCUGUUGCUCUUCUGUCCUCUUAGUUUAAAGUUAUCUAUUUUGGGGAUGUUGCAUUUAUACCAGGGGCCUUCACAUUGCUCUUGGAUGGUUAUAACUACAGUGUCUUUAGAUGAGAUUGCUGAGCAAUACUUGUAUUACAGGGAGAUGAUGAGUUCUAGCAGUGAGGGAGGGAAGCCAUGACGCUGGAGCUCUUAACUAAUAUUAAGUAACAGUGGUAGUUGAGGUUUCCUUUUGUAAAAAGUGUGAUGUAAUGACAGUCGGCUCCCAUAUUCUUAGGGCAUUGUCCCUGCUUCAUGCAGGAAGAUUAUUCCUUUCCCCUGUAGUUUGCCUUAUUUUUCAAAAAUUUUUCCUUUGGUUCCUCCCCCCACUUUCACCUUUUUUAAGACCAAUAAGAAAUGAAUUGUCUCUUGGUUUCUUCAACACUUGGCACAGGAGUCAUAAUCAGCCUCUGAGUAGGACUUUUCUGUAGUUCAUAGCUAUGCACUACUCAUUGCCUCUUGGUUAGAGAGAUUAUCCCUCUGAUUUGAGUCUCAGUUUUGAACCUCUUUAAGCUUCAGUUUUAUUAUUUGUAAGAUGAGCACACACACACCCGCCCUUUCUACCUCAUGGUUUGUUCUGGGAAUUAAGUGUGGGGGAGCACCUUCAAAACUUACUAUUGCCUUGAAGAAGGUAUGAGAAGUCAUUAUAUUCUUGUUAGACCAAGCUCUGGGGUAUAUAUUCAGAACACCUCAUGUCCUGGAAGCUGAGCACGAGUUCUCCUUCGUGCCUGCCGAGCACAGCCUGUGUUGCUUACAAAAAACCCACACUUCUGGCUUCUGUCCUGUCCUUGAUAUGAGACUUGAUUAGAAGAAUUCUGUCACCUAGUGUCCUAAGAGAAUCGUGUAAAUUUGGAUGGAAGAUGCUAUCCUGAUAGAACUGCCUUGCUUUGGUCUUGAUGUGCAAAAAUUCUUUCUACA